AUUCCCUUAGUCAGACCCAGACACCCAUGGAAUUUCAGUCCAAAUCACAGCAAAAUACAGUAGUUACACAAAAUAUACAUUUCCAAAAUUAAAAAAAACGGUUAAGUUUGAGAAAACUGCAUCAAGAUGCCGCCAAAAGGGGCUGCGAAAAAGAAGAAGGAGGACCCGAACAAGGUCAGCCAGGUGGACAGGACCUUCUAUGAGCUGACCAUCACAGAUCUGAACCAGAAGUUGGCCCGUCUGAGGUCCCAUCUGUCCACCAUCGACGAGUCCAACAUUCAGUUAACUGAGAAGCUCAAGGAGGUGGAGAGCGAUGGCGUGGAUGUGGCCGCCCACCUGGAAAGGACUCUGGCCGAGCGGAACAACUCGAUUACGGAGCUGGAGGAGCGCCUGGUGGAGAUCACCAAGGUGCGGGACGAGGAGAACCAAAUCGCCCAGGAGAAGAUCAGCGAUCUGGAGGCCAAAUACAAGGCCAUGCACGACCAGCUGACCUCCGAGAUCAAGCUGCUCAACGGCAAACUCAAUUCGCUGGAUGAAUUCCGCAUUCAGCGAGAUGUCCUUCUGGCCAAAUUCGACGACCAGGAAGCCGACCUCAAUGAGAGGGAGAAGGAUCACAAGGAGGCCCUGUACAACAUGGAGCAGCGGGCUGUUGUCGAGAAGGACGCCCUCAAAAAGGAGGUGGAGCAGAAGCUGCUGCAGGUCUCUGAGGACUUUACGCGCUCCAGCGAAAUCCGGAAUGCCGGCUACACCCGUCGCCUCAUCCGCGAGAACAUCGCCCUGCAGAAGGAGAUCGAUCUGCUGGUCAUGUCCCAGAUCAAGCUCCAGCAGGCCUACACCAACCAGAAGGACAAGCACAAGGAGAUGGAAGAGCAGUAUAGCGCCCUGGAUCAGAUCAAGAACGAGCUGGUCCGCAACUCGGUGAACAAAAUCAAGAUAAUCGAGGGUCUCACCCGAAACUAUGAGAAACUGAAGGCCAAGUACGUGGAGGUGCUGCGCUUCCGCAAGGCCUACGAAGCCCACAUCCAGGAGGAGCGCUGCACGAAUGUCAAGCAAAAGGAUGUGGCCGCCAAGCUCCGGAAUCUGGCCAAGCGAAUGGAGAUCACCGAGCUGGAGAAUCGCAAUCUGGUGGUCGUCCACGAGCAGCACGAGACCGAGAUCAUGCGGCUGCGUGGCAUGAUCCAGGAAAUCAAGUGCACGGUCAGGGACGCCAUUGUGUCGGAGAAUGCGGUCAAGGUGUUCCCGGAGCGACUGGAAGACGCCGCUGUGGAUGGGCCCGAUGUGAUUGACGAAGUGCGCGAGGAAGCCGUGGCUCUCAGCAAACUGAAACGCGGCGACCUGCUCGCCCAGCUGAUGAACAUCGUCAGCUCCCAUUCCGAGGAGCUGCCGAGGACUCCGUCGAUUGGCUCUAUCGGGAGUGCCACUUCCUCGCUGUACGCGCCUGGCAAAAUGGGCUUCAUGCCCCAGCGCCCCAAGGCCACGCCCUUUGAUGUCUUCCGCAGCGAGGUCAUCGACGUGGUGCCGGAAACGGGCGUUCCGGAGCAUCUCAAGAAGCAGCGACUCCUGGACCGGGCCACGCCCUCGCAACGUGGCAUCGAGAAUCCCAUCAUCGAUGUGGAAUUCGGCACUACGCUGUAUGUGUCGUCGUCCCGCGAGGAGGAUGUCAUCGAAAUUGAGGAGGAGCCUCUUGAGGAGCCGGAGGGCUCCAGCAGCAGUGUCUCCGUCAAAAAGGAGAGCUCUGAGGGCACCGCCCCGCCGCCAGGACCCGUCCCGUUGGCCGCCACGCCCUCCAUCCACGAUGUCAAGAAGGUGGGGCCCAGCUCCUCGGCGGACACCAUGCCCACGUCCUCCAGGCUGUUCGGAGCGACCGAGGAAGAGGAGGGCGAGGAAGAGGAGGACUUCGAUGUCCAGUUCUUCUACUAGGAGUAACUUUAUGUUGUGCAGAUGUUAUUUAUUAAAUAAAAAUUAUUGCAAAGAUGUAAA